AUGAGUAAAGAAGCAAGAAAAUAUUCAGAAAACAAAAAAAAGAAACCAACAGAUAUAAAAAUUUCAAAAUUAACUCCAUCGAAAAAAGAUUUAAUACAAAUAACUGAAGAAACAAAAAAACAGUUCGAACAAGAACGACCUAAAUCUUUAGAAUCAAUGAUGAUUGAUAUUGAACGACGACAAAAUAAAUUUGAACAUGAACAAAUCUCCUUAAAUGAACAAGAUCAAUUCAUAUCUGAUAUUGAUGAUGGACAAGAAAAAUCACGAAAAACAUUUUAUCGAGAAUUUAAAAAAGUUAUUGAUGCAUCUGAUAUAAUUAUUGAAGUACUUGAUGCUCGUGAUCCACUUGGAUGUCGUUGUUCACAAGUUGAAGAAAUUGUUUUAACUUCAGGAAAAAAUAAAAAACUUAUUUUAUUAUUGAAUAAAAUUGAUCUUAUUCCACGUGAUAAUCUUGAUAAAUGGUUAAAAUAUCUACGUAAUGAAUUUCCAACUAUUGCUUUUCGUUCAUCAACUCAAAAUCAACGUGAUCGAUUAGGUCAUAUUAUAACAUCAAUAAAAGCUUGUGAUGAACAUUUACUUAAAUCAUCAAAUAAAUGCAUUGGUGCAUCAACAUUAAUGAAUCUUCUUUCGAAUUAUUGUCGAAGAAAUGAUAUUAAAACAAGUAUUACUGUUGGAAUUGUUGGAUUUCCUAAUGUUGGAAAAAGUAGUGUUAUUAAUAGUCUUAAACGAACUCAAGCAUGUCAAACAGGUUCAACGCCUGGUGUAACAAAACAAAUGCAAACAAUUAAAUUAGAUAAAUUAAUUAAAUUAUUUGAUAGUCCAGGUAUUGUUAUGUCAAAAGAAACAAAUCCAGCUAGUCUUAUUCUUCGUAAUUGUAUUCGAAUUGAAACUAUUGAUAAUCCAUUACCAGCUAUUGAAUUACUACUUCAUCGAUGUACGAAAGAACAAAUGACAAUUCAAUAUAAUCUAAGUGAUUUUCAAGAUGCUAGUGAUUUUUUGUCUAAAAUGGCUAUGAAAAUGGGUAGUUUAAAAAAAGGUGGUGUACCAGAUAUUCAUAAAGCAGCACAACGUGUACUUUCUGAUUGGACUAAUGGUAAAUUAACGUAUUUUACUGAACCACCUGAACGAACAAAUGAAAUAAUUAGUACUGAACUUGUUACACAAAUGAAAGAAGCAUUUGAUAUUGAUGUUUUAUUGAAUAAUGAAGAUGAACAAUUAAAAGAUUUAGAAAAUAAUUUAUUUACUGAAAUCACUCUUUCAGAAUUAACUUCAACACAAACUACUGUUGAAACAAAUGAAGAAGAAAAUCUAUCUGAAAAUGAAAAUAGUAUUGUAGCAGCUAUGAAUGAAGAUGAUGAAAAUCAUCAAGCGAUAAUAAAAACUUCAGAUCAAAUUCAUUUUACAGUUCAAGCAAUGGAUAAAACAAAACAUUUAUUGAAAAAACAAGCAAUUGAUUUAGCUGAUCAACAACAUGAUAAUGAAAUUCGACGAUCAAUUUAUAGAUCUAAUCUAACUCGACAACAAGAAUUUAAAAAAAUCAAAAAAAAUCAAAAGAAAUUAGAAAAAUCUAUGGAAAGUCUAGGUGAUGCACUUAAUUCUAUUAUUCGACUUACACCAACAACAACUACAAAUGAUUUAGUUGAUGAUUAA